AUGAGCCAAGAACAGCUGGAGAAACCUAUAGCUUAUGACAUAAAAGAAGAAGAGGCCAUAAAGCCUCUGGCGGCGACGGAGGACAAAGAGAAAAGUGUCGUCGCCGAGGCUUCCGGUGGACAGGCCGAGGGAGAAGUGAACCAGAAAAACCCUGAAGGUACCAUAACGAUCGGAGAGGCUCUAGAGGCAGCGGUUCUCACCGCAGGGAAUAAGCCCGUGGAAUGGAGUGACGCAGCGGCCAUACAAGCGGCUGAGGUUAGAGCCACGGGAAGGACUAACAUCAUGCCUGGUGGUGUUGCAGCUUCGGCUCAAUCAGCUGCUACUCUCAACGCUCGAGCCAACUCCGAAGAUGAUAAGACUACGCUCGCAGAUGUUCUCACUGGAGCGAGUAGCAAAUUACCGUCGGACAAACCAGCAACGAGGAAAGACGCAGAGGGAGUGACAGGAGCAGAGAUGAGGAACGAUCCACAUCUCGCUACUUACCCAACCGGUGUGGCCGCCUCUGUCGCUGCGGCUGCUCGGAUUAAUCAAGCCAAGUGA